AUGUAUUUGAACACUUCAGAGUCGCUGAUCACCAUCGACUCGGUUGCCGCAGCUAGUACUGAAGUAUCUGGCGUUGCCAGAUUGCUGUCCGCCCAGUCUCCCACGUUCAACUACCAGAUUGUCUACACGGUCAUCAUUGCGGGCAUGGACACGAACGAGACAGAACAGCGCCUGCUCGGUAUUUUCGACGAUUUCACACUGCUCAACAGCACCAGCCUUAUCGAUCCGUUUCUCGCCCAGGUGAGCCUUGCAAACGGCCUUGGAAACGUGACUGUUUUCUAUGCGACCGAACCAAAUGUUAUUCUGUGGUUGUACACAACUGCGACACUCACGUCGACGACUGCCACGUCCACGACGUGCUGUGUGUGUAAUCUUCCUGCCGCCUCUGACGUGCCUUCGGGAGUGCCUGUCGGACUGUUAGAGGAUGUUGCUGACCAGGUAUCGAAUCCGCCCAGGCCAGACUUAGUCCGUAUCGAAUGCAUGGGCUUCAAGUGGUUCGACACGUGUAACCCCAUUUGUGGUCCUGGAUAUGUUGAGGCAGAGCAGAUGGUUUGCACGAACACAUCAGAAGAAUUGAAGAUGGAGCCCUCGACGUUCAACGGAACAGCCAGGUGCGAGCGAGACGUCUGUCACGGCAGCCCGUUCAACGGAACCGUUCCGAUUGGCUAUGAACCGCCAGAUCCGAAUUGUACAGACAUGCUCUACCAGGACAGAUGCAACUUCUCGUGCUCCGACGGCUACACGGACAGCGGGAUUACAGUCCAGCUCGAGUGCCUCAACACGACGUCUUGGCCUGUCUGGGGGCCAGUAGAUUACGAGUUUGCCACGGGCUCGGGCUUCUGCACAGAGAUGUCGUGUGAUGCGGACUCGGUGCCAAACAUGAGGGACGUGAUCAAUAGCUCUUCCUGCGUUGGCAUUGGAAGCCGAGCGAGUUGCUCGCCAGUAUGCAACGCGUCGUACGAAUUGGUCGAGCCAAUCAACUGUACCAAGGGCCAGUUCGACGAGAUCCCCUUGACCUGCAUACCCUCCGAGCACGCGGAGGUGCUCCAGCUUGAAGAGGUCCUGCUCAUCCCGAUGGCCAUCGCCAGCGACGAUCCUGGAUCUGCUGAGGGCAUCACCGCCGAUUGGGCUGACAACCCCUCAAGCGAAGAUGCCAUCAAAAGCUCCAUCGGUAAGAUGUUAGGCUUGCUUCCAGGUCAGAUCUUCGUCAAAGGGACGAAGGAUUUGAAUUCGGAUUGGAGCUCUGUCGCUCCAACGACGACGAGGCGUUUGACGACAUCGCAGGGGCUGUUCUUCGAAGUCGUGCUCCAGCCAACUGAACUCGUCAACUUCUCAUCCCUGAACGAGAGCAUCAGUGGUCUGGCUGCGGGCAACUUCAUCGACGAACUCAGGCGUGCCCUGCAGGAUGCUGGCGUCAGCGAGCCGUCGGGACUCGCGAACGCCACGUUCGUCUUCGGGCCGACCCAGUACGUGAGCUUCACUCUCCCGAGGGCGCGGUGGAUAGCCCGCACGGAGUGGUCGCUGUGCAGCAACAUGUGCGGCGUCGGGGCGCACACGCGUACCGUGGAGUGCGUGGGGGCCUGGGGGCGCAACGCCACCGACCUGUGCAACGCCAACGCGGCGCCGGGGUUCACCCAGGAGUCGUACAUGCCCGACGCCGAGCCGUGCGAGCAGUACAUCCAGUGCCCCUACGACUGGAGCUGCCCCAGCGGCCCAGAUCCCGUGACGGGCGAGGGCUGCGAGGCGCAGGCCUCGGCCGUGUUCAUCGCGCUCGCCGUCAUUCUCCUCUGCUGCGCCUGCCUGCUCUGCGCGUACCUUCGGAAGUGGCUGAUGGCUCGGCCGGAGAAGACAGCAACGAACAUCGAGUGGACGAGGGAGCAGCGCAGCGCUCAUUACAGCAAUCGGGGCUCCGCCAUCCUGACACCGAAGGGUGGUCGCGGCGACCCGAUCGGGCCAGUGGACUUGGACUUGAGUGGCGCGGCGGAAUUUGUGCUUCAGAUGAGAGUGGCGACUGCAGCCAAGGACGCCUUGCUAGUCGGAAAGGUCUAUCGCCGCGGUGACGUGACAUCGAAGAAGAGUGGCGAGGCGAAG